AGAAAGCUUCAUUGCGUCGCGAGACGCCCGACCGUAGCGUGCGUGUUGCUAUCGCUCUUCUCUGUUGCUUGCGCACGUAGGCUCGUCUCGGCGUGUGUACUCUCGUUGUUGACUUAUCUUCUGGUUUCUUUUAUUUCUUCCCUUCCUCGUCGGCUCCGGGCGAUUUCUUUGUUUUUUCCUUCUCUCUCAUUGCCCGGCCGAAUCGUGUCGUUGGUCCUGCGCGAAUAUGGACGCGAACCAGGCACCUCUUUCGCCGCCGGCCUCGCCCCAGCUGAAGCACAUGGAACCGCUGCAGUUAUCGUUUAGUGUGGCGGCUCUAUUGGGAGAGAAACUUCCGGUCCAAUCGGAGAAGACCAGGCGGAAGGACGAGGAGGACGCGAGCUCUCAUCCCGCCUUGCCGCCCACCCCUCAACCCUCCGACACCGAGGAGGACGAACCACCUCGAAAACGGCAAUGCGUCGAGCAGUGCGAGCUGGCGAAGCUGCUGCUAGACGGCACUCCACCGCCGAGUCCAGAGCCGGCCCGGGUCUCGGUGAUAAUGCGCGCCAAUCGGGACGGCACUUGCAGUCCCGCCAAUUUAACGGGGACUCCCGCGAUCGAAGGCUGCGCAGCACCACGUGACCAGCAGCCCGUCGCUCGCCAGAGAGCCAGUAGUCCGCGAGCGAGCGCGCGAGUGAGCGCUUUGGCGCCGGUGGAGAACGUGUUGCGCAGCCUCAAGUUCAAGAUGAGCCUGCGUAAAGAGGAGAUCAUCGUCAACAGCAAGAACACCGACCGUGAGAGCUGUCCGCAGCUCUCGCAGCCGCAACAAUUACCGAGAUUGCAACCUCUGGCACCGAAACCAGCACCCAUCGUAGUGGCUAGUCUCCUGGGAUCCCCCUUGGUCCUUCCUCGGGCACCUCUUCUGCUGGUGGCGAACGCCGCACCGGCGAGCGCCGCGGCGGCGGCCAGUUUGAUGAGCACAGGCGCCACGGAGACGCGUCGGCGUGUGUACGAGUGCGAGCACCCGGGCUGCGGCAAGAACUACUUCAAGUCGUCGCACCUGAAGGCGCACACGCGCACCCACACCGGCGAGCGGCCGUUCCCGUGCCCCUUCGACCAGUGCAAUCGUCGCUUCUCCCGCAGCGACGAGCUUUCACGGCACAAGCGUACGCACACUGGCGAGAAGAAGUUCGCCUGCGUCGUCUGCCAGAGGCGCUUCAUGAGGAGCGACCAUCUGGCGAAGCACGUGAAGCGCCACGCCAGGGACAAGUCGUCCUCGGCGGCGGCGGCGUCGUCGUCGUCUGCUUCCGCCGGUAGCCAGCUCUCCACCUCGCAAGUGGCCCCCACGCCCUUGAGAGUGAGCCUGUUGCCGGUGUUGGCGCCGCGAUUGACGGCGCGGCCGGUCCCACAGCUGUUGCCACCUCAAUUGGCGGCUUGAACGACUCGAAGCGCGACCACCAGGGUCGCCUGAAAGCUGCAUUUCGUGGUCCCCGCAUGGUCCUGAUCCUGGCUCCUGGGUUACUCCCGGCGUGCGGAGGUGGAGAUGAAAGACUCCAUAUUUUGAUACUCGAGUUGCUAAGUUAACAAUGCAUAGGAUCAAUCGGGCUGAUUCCGGACGACUGUCGAAGAUGUCGAACACGGGGAGUCGCUUUCGCAUCGGUGAGCCACUGCUGGAAGCACAAACGUGGCAGCGGUCGAUUAACCGACCCACGCAAUCUGGUCGGUUGGGAAGGUGAUGAACGAAGGUCACCGGGAUUUGAAGGAGAGCUGGAGAAGAUUGUAAAUCAGCCGACGUCUGUGGGACGUCAGUAGACACUGUGGGAAGGUCCAAGACCUAAGUAAAUAUGCAGGAGCUAAGCAAGAGCGAAAACAGGCCGAACAGGCAGGAAGAGAGAGAGAGAGAGAGAGAGAGAGGCGUACUUAAGGAGACAAAGCAACACAAAAAGCACGAGACGGCGAUAAGUCAUUGCGUAGGAGGACUCGUCACCGUCGUCUGCGAACCGAGUACCUAAGUGUGUCUGUGAUCCGUGACGCGUGAAGGCUAGUGCACAGUUCAGUCGAGAGUAUCACGACUCGAGAGUCCCUCGCGGAAAGUCCUGCUCGUGUUCGCAGCGUAUAUUUAGCGUUUAAUGUUGCCAUAUGCUUCUCGACCUGAAGAGCGACCACGACGGACGCAGAGCAUUGUCCAUAUUGGUAACAAGCUCGAGCUCAAGUCGCAGCUCAAGCGCGCGAUUCAACGCUAAACAUCGGUUGUGAGAGAAGACGGCUACGAACUUCGACACGGGCACUAUCGUCGAUCGCUCGUCCCUGCAGACGGCGCGAAGGCGCACAAACCUUUUCGUUGGGUGUCCUUCGCGUUCUCGGACUUUCGCGUCGCCAGAGUCACCCUCGAUGAAGGCAGCUGCUCUCGGCGAGUAGAGGUCUCCUCAAAAGCCAGUCAGAGGCACAACGUUCGAUCGAUUCGACGUCGAUGAGAGUUGAAUUAACGUUGAUUGAACGUUUCAUCGACCGCUUCAACGUCUAAUCGACGUCAAAUCAACGUUAUGGUUCUAACUGGGAAUGCGGUCGGCGAGUUUCAGCGCGUUGACCGAGAGAGAGAGAGAGAGAGAAAGAGGAGAGGAAAAAUAUUUAUUUAUGAGGAAACGAGAGACGUGUUAUGAUUUAUGUACAUAGCGGUCAUACACAUAUGCGGCUUCUAAGAUUAUUGAUAGCCGACGAUUAGUUAUACAUACAUUACACAUGUUGUGUUGAGCAUAGAGAACGCGCGGAGACGGACCUGCAGAGACGGCGAGAUCGCGGGGAACGUGCUCAGUUAGGAUCGCAACGUCGAUUCGACGUUGAAAUGAUCGAUGAACCAACGUUGAAUCAACGUUCAUUCAAUCCUCAUCGACGUCGAGUCAACCUUGAAUCAACGUUGUGGUUCUGACUGAGUGGUUUCCUCGGCCGACGAUUUUGUUGUUUCUUUCUUCUUUCGAGUCGCUCGCGUUCUCUCCGGAGACUCGCGAGGCGUGUUGUUUUCUUAUUCCAGAGUUUAUUUAAUAAUCUAUCUCGUGAUCGUUGCGAUCAGCAAGAAAGAAGUCCAGGUCCGUCCACACAAGAUCGUGGAUACGCGUAGAUAUCACGGCCGGGCGAGGAAACUUCGCUCGGCGGCAAUAAGACUUUACUGUAUAUAUGUAUCGUUAAACUGUGUAAAGAGUUUUUCUACAGUCUAAUAAAUUGUAUACUUUCGUAAA